AUGUCAGGUCUAUGUAUCAACUGGACUAAGUCCGUGCUGAUGCCACUGAAGGAGGGCAUGGAUGACAGUGACUCUUGGGAAGAGGGCCUACAGGUUGUGCACUCUUUCAAAUAUCUGGGCAUUCAGGUCUCUUGCAAUGAUCUAGAUUUUGAGAAACUGAACAUCUCCCCUCUACUCCAGAAGUUUAAACAGAAGUACCUGCUGGGGAGAAGAGCGCUGCUGGGGAGCGCACCGCCGCCUGCUGCGGUUCCCGUACGGUUUGAAAGCCAUGGAAAGAAGAAGUUGUUUGUAGUCGCACCAUCUACAUAUUAUGACAAAAGAUUUCUCAAGUUAUUGAAAUUCUACACGUUACUGGCAGCCGUGCCCGCUGGUAUAGCCAUUACACUCAUCAACAUCUUCAUUGGACCGGCAGAAUUAGUUGAAGUUCCAGAGGGUUAUGUUCCCGAUUAUUGGGAGUACUACCAGCAUCCGAUUACCCGUUUUCUUGCCCGCAAUAUAUAUCACGAUUAUCAGCAAUCAUAUGAACAGGAAAUGGCUCUAAUUCAUGUUGAGAAUGAGAAACGGUUGCUCAGACUCUAUGAACUUGCAGCGCGCCGCUCAAUGAGACAGAAUGGAGAUGGUCCAUGGUAUCAGUUUGAGACUUUGGAUAAGAACCUCAUUGAUAAUUCACCUAAGACAGUCCCUGAUGCGUAGUGCCCCUGACUGCUCUGUAUUGUUGUAAAGCUUAAUUUCAC